AUGGCGGAUAAAGAAAAUAGAAGAAAGUGUUUUAAGUGCGGCAGGUCACCGGCCGUAGACAACAUUAAAUUGUUUAGGUUUCCGAAACCCGCAGUAAAGAAUAUUUUGCGCUGUACAUUGUGGGCGAAGUACUUGUUUCCAGCCGAAGAGCAGUAUACUUCUUUAGCUUUUCAAGAAAAGCUACAUAAUGAGCACAGAAUGCUGUGUGAAAAACAUUUUAAUGAUGGUGAUUUUACUGAUGCUUCCAAGAAAAAGCUGUUAAGGACUGCUGUCCCAUAUGAUACUGACAAAGUGUCUAUUAUAUUCCCGUCUUAUUUUGUGGAAUCACAAGCUGGUCCCUCGCAAUUUGUUGCUGCGAAACCACAAGCAGGAUCUUCAAAAAUACAACAUUAA